UGUAUUUGCAUGUGUGUGUGUACCGUUUUUGCUUUUGCGUGUGAAAUUUGUAAUCCAAGAUAUAAGCAGAGAAUAAUAAGUGCGUAAUCAAUUAAUUUAUUUCAUCAAAAUAGACCAAAUAUAUCGUUAAAAUCUGCGAAAUCAGGGAAUAAAACAAUAAAGUGCAAAAAGAAAAAUCAAAAACAAGUUUUAGACACGCAGUGACGAAAAUGAGCGACGAGGAAAGGGAUAUUGACAUUGAAAGUGAUGAUGAUAAUGAUUCAGAUACUGGUGCGCAAUCAUCUAGGCAUACAAGUACUCAAAAUUUCACGCAGGCCGAAAAACGUGCACAUCACAAUGCAUUGGAAAGAAAAAGACGAGAUCACAUAAAGGAAAGUUUUACCAGUCUUCGUGAAGCUGUGCCAGCACUUAAGGGUGAAAAGGCCAGCCGUGCACAAAUACUGAAGAAGACUACAGAAUGCAUACAAGUAAUGAGACGAAAAAUACAAUCGAAUCAAAAAGAUGUGGAGGACAUUAAGAAGCAAAAUGCAAUACUGGAAGCGCAAAUCCGCAUGCUUGAAGAGGCGAAGAAAGGCUAUGUGAUAGAUCCCAACGAAUAUCAACAACUAAAUCAAGAGUAUCAAGCUACCGCAGCUGAUAGCUCUGAUGGUGACGAUCAAGAUUUCAGCAGACGCAGCAAAAAAAUGAAGACAUCGUAUCAAACAUAGGUCAUGCUAGACUUCAAUCCAUGCUGUGCACAACCGUGGAUUACAUAGCGCAAAUGGCGUCCAAAUAUUUUGUAGGUGGCCCACCCCUUUUAUAUUUACAAGAAAACUUCCCUCUUAUGAGAGACGAAUCAAUUAAGCUAAGUACUCGUACAGUCUAAUGAUGAUAGAAUGGAACUUCUUUUACAAUACAUAUAACUAGUUUGUAGGCUAUCUUCUUUUAGAUUUUAUUUACAUUUAAAAAUAAAUCACAAAUAUAUAUUUUUUAUGUUUACAAAAAUA